AUGGCUUAAUACUACUAGUUCCAGUGCAAAUGAGUUUAUAAACACAUGGUAGGCUGUGUAGCAAUCGGAGUACACUUUUUAUUGGAUAUCGCUGCUGGAUAUAUGUUUUUAUAAUUUGUUUUCACUUGAUGUGUUGGUGUGUAUCGUUUUUUAACGCCGUGUCUAUUUGUUUUGUUAUUACUUAUCUCCCGAACUGAUGGCUGCCAAGAGCACUCCGGACCAUUCUGGUUCGUACAGAAGUGGUCAUAAUGAGUCGUCUGAUGUGACAGAGCGUUUUCUAAAUCGCAUUCCCGUGGUAUGCCUACCACGCAAUAACAAGGUGCCUCGUAUAGCUCGUUCAAAGUUUCUGGUGCCUGGUAACAUGAUGUACGCCGAGUUCAAGUACAUUCUUCAGAAGCAUUUAGUAGCCGAGAAUGCCAGCAACUCGGUCUAUAUAGGAAAGAAUGCAACGUUGUAUUUAUAUGUUGCCGACAAAGUACCUGUGUCUCAAGCUGCCAUUGGCGAUCUUUACCGUGAGCACCGUUCUGCUGAGGGCAUUCUCUAUAUGACAUAUGCUAACGAGAAUUCAUUGGGUUGAUCUGUCUAUA